AUGGCGACUGACGUGAAGUCACCGUUGGUCGACUACGGGCCCACCGCCCACACAAACCCCAACCUUUUCAAGCUCGAAAUCAAGGCAAAGCACGUCCUAUGCCACGAGAUUGGCGCCGGCUCGAAAUGUACAAGAUGCGGCCGUUGCCCAGGAUUGGACCUGCAUUUUUGGAGGAAAAUCUGCAAAGCCUGCAGCUGCCGAAUGGACGAGCACGACGUCAUCCUGCCCAACCAGUACGACCACGGCGAGCUUGUCAUCGGCCGUCUAUUCGGCUUCAAGGAACAGUUUGAGCACGUCGUCGCCGAUUCCUAUGAGCUGGCCAAGACGAAUGCCGACGCGGAACGUGACGCGGCUGAGGGACGCGUUACGCCUUUUGGGGUAACGCUACGGCCGGUAAAGCGGGAUGGUGGAUCCAGUCGGAAUCCCUCGCCCGGGCGAUGCGACUCGGCUUCUGCCCGUUCAUCCACCUCUCCGACCCCUACAGCCGCAACAUCAUCUACUCCUCGGAUCGUCACCGAAGCGUCGCUGAAUAUCAAACCUCCGCCAACGCACAUUGCCACCGUCAGCGAGCAGAAACGCACCGUCCCGACGGCCGUCUACAACUACAAAAUGGAGACGAACGGCAAGGAAAAUGAAAAGGUUGUCACCUACUAUUCAUGGGUGCCGAUACGGGACGAUCGACUGAUCGACAAAUACAUGCGGGCACUACCCGAGGAGGAACGACCCAUCCAGGGCACACGCGGCGAACAAACCCGCCGACAACGAUUGGCCUAUCAGGUCCCGCUGUACGAUUGCAACGUCGAGGACUGCCGCUUCGUGGCCGACCAGGACAAGGAGGUGUUGGGCAAGUUUGUGGAGAAUGUCCGGAAAAAUGUGAUCGGCGUCGGGAAAGUCGUAGAGGUGGAUUCGGCGGAGAAUAACGAUCGGAAACGGCGUGAAAUGAGGGAAUCUGGCAGCCAGACGGAGCGACCGCAGGGAAGUAGUCAUUCCGGGGCCGGAGAUCGAUUCGACGAGAUAGCCGAUGGUGUUGGAAAGAUGCAGGUAUCCCCUGGCAGCGCGUCUUCCCGAUCGCCUCAUUCUCCGGGUGCUGAACGGGCUACAGAAGUAAUCCAGGAGAUCGAUCCAGUUCCCUGCCGCACAUGCUCAAGCCAAAUCCAGGUCGGCGAGGUGGGAAUUCGGACAGACCAUGGGCAACGCGAGGAUACAUGGCACCCCGGGUGUUUCCGGUGCGAAGAGUGUCAGCAGCUCCUUGUGGAUAUGUUAUACUUCUUUCACCAGGGUAAAUACUAUUGUGGCCGGCACUUUGCCGAUCAGGUCUACCCGCGAUGUGCUGGCUGUGAUGAGCUAAUCUUCGCCAACGAAUACACGUGGGCUGAGGAAAAAUCGUGGCAUUUUGACCAUUUUGCGUGCUUCAAGUGUGACUUAAAAUUGGGAGGUCACCGCUAUAUGACAAAGGAGGAGCAGCCGUACUGCCUCGACUGUUUCGUUCAAUAUUUUGCCAAGACCUGUGCCAGUUGCCAGAAGAAAAUCCAGCCAGAUGAGAAGCGGCUGAACUACGAGGAAAUCCACUGGCACGCCACGGUCGAGUGUUUCCACUGUCAAAACUGCAGCGAACCGUUAAUUGGAAAGAAGUUUCUGUGGAAAGAAAACUGCCUAUUCUGCUCUAGCAAGUGCCGGCAAGAACAUAAGAAA